AUGUCGUCCGCGUCGCCGUUACCUACACCCACACCCACCCAAAACGUGGUGCUGGACACUGCGACUCUGCCGCCAGCUGGCGCUUCGUCCGUCUGGGAUCGCGUGUCGAAAUGGGUAUCUGAGAAUAAGGCUCUGGUUUACACCAUUGCCGGUGUCGCUGUUGUCGUCACCAGCGCCGGAGUUGUCUACUACCUGUCCGACUCCAGCAAGCCUGCUCCCCCUGCACACAAGAAGAGCAAGAACCAGCGACGGAAAGAGAAGAAGAAGGUCGAGGAGGAGAAGAAGGCCAAACCUGCCUCUGUUCAAGAAGAGCCUGCUGCUAAGAAGGCCGAUGAGCCUGAGGAGCUGCCCGAGGUUGAUGAGGCGACCGUGGGUGAGCUGUCGGAGGAGACCCGAAAGGAGUACGCCGCCAAGCUGAAGGCCGCCGGUAACAAGGCCUACGGCUUGAAGGACUACCCCAAGGCCAUUGAUUUGUAUGGCCGUGCUAUUAUCUGCAAGCCCGACCCCGUCUUCUACUCGAACCGUGCCGCCUGCUACAACGUCCAGUCGGACUGGGAGAAGGUCGUUGAGGACACCAGCGCUGCUCUUGCCAUGGACAGCGAAUACGUCAAGGCAUUGAACCGCCGGGCUAUUGCCUACGAGCACCUCGGCAAGUUCAGCGAGGCUCUCCUCGACUUCACUGCCAGCUGCAUUAUCGAUGCUUUCUCCAACGACGUCAGCCGUAACUCCCUGGAGCGCCUGCUGAAGAAGGUUGCCGAGAAGAAGAGCCAGGCCAUUCUUGAGGCUCGCAGCAAGAAGCUGCCCAGCGCCACAUUUGUUUCCAACUACCUGCAGAGCUUCCGUCCCCGUCCCCUUCCCGAGGGUCUGGAGGAGACCGCUGAGCUGAGCGAGGACUCUGGCAAGGGUCUGCUGCGCAAGGGUUUGAUUGCCAUGGCUAAGAAGUCUGCUGAGGGUUACGAGGAGGCUGCUACCUCUUUCGAGAAGGCUCUUGAGGCUGGUGAUCUCGAAGAGUUCGAGUCCCUGGCUCUCAACAUGCGCGCUACCUUCACAUACCUGGGCGGUAAUGCCCCCGCUGCUUUGGAAGACUUGAACAAGAGUGUGGAGCUGCAACCGUCCCUGGUUCAGAGCUACAUCAAGCGUGCUAGCUUGCACCUUGAGCUUGGAAACAAGGAUGCCGCCGCCGACGACUUCGAGCUUGCCAUCAACAACGACAAGGACGACCCCGAUAUUUACUACCACCGUGCCCAGCUCCACUUCAUCCUGGGUGAGUUUGCCGAAGCCGCCAAGGACUACCAGAAGUCCAUCGACCUCGACCGAUCCUUCAUUUUCUCCCACAUUCAACUCGGUGUGACCCAGUACAAGAUGGGCUCCGUCGCCUCAGCUAUGGCCACUUUCCGCCGGUCGGUGAAGAACUUUGAGGAGGUCCCUGAUGUUUACAACUACUACGGAGAGCUUCUCCUUGACCAGCAGAACUACGCUGAGGCCAUUGAGAAGUUCGAUAAGGCUGUUGAGAUGGAGCAGUUGAGCAAGCCCAUGGGCAUCAACGUCCUACCGCUCAUCAACAAGGCCCUCGCCCUGUUCCAGUGGAAGCACGACUUCCAGGAGGCCGAGAACCUCUGCCAGAAGGCUCUGAUCAUCGAUCCUGAGUGUGAUAUUGCCGUUGGCACCAUGGCCCAGUUGCUCCUUCAGCAGGGCAAGGUCUCCCAGGCUCUCAAGUACUUCGAGCGCGCAGCUGAGCUUGCUCGUACCGAGGCCGAGAUCAUCAACGCCAUCUCCUACGCCGAGGCCACUCGCACCCAGUUGGAGGUCCAGGAGCAGUACCCCCAGCUGGCUGCCCGCCUGAACGCCAUGGGUGGUAGCAUGGGCCCCGGUGCUCCUCCCAUGUAA